AUGAUCGUUGAUAAGAUCAAUGUAACUGGUGAUCUUCGGGUCGAGCGCCGUUUCGCUGAUGUCAAUGGCAAAACAUAUGGUUAUCUCUACAGUGAGCCCGAUACGGGCGUAUAUAGAGCGACAAUCGUUCUUCUUCAUGGCUUUCCAGACUUGUCAAUGGGGUGGCGGUAUCAGAUUCCCAUGCUGACGGAUAUGGGGCUGAGGGUCAUUGCGCCAGACUGCUUAGGAUAUGGGCAAACGGAUGCCCCAGAAGAUCCACAUGCUUAUUCUCACAAGAGCUGCGCCAAUGAUAUCAAGGAACUCGCGUUUCUGCUGGGCAUCCCUAAGAUUAUCAUCGCCGGACAUGACUGGGGCGCCGCUCUCGCAUACCGUGUAGCCCUCUGGCACCCGGAUUUAGUAACACAUAUCAUCACCGUCUGUGUACCAUAUGCCGCACCAACAAGGCGAUACUUUCGCCUCGAAGACAUGGUAGAACGGAUAGCGCCCCAUUUCUACUACCAGCUACAAUUCAUCAGCGGAGAACUGGAAGAACACGUCCGGACAAAAGAGGAUAUCAAGAGAUUUCUAUCUGCCAUGUACGGCGGGCGGACAGCGGAAAACGAAGUAGCGUUUGAUGCAGAGCUAGGCAUGCUUCCCGAAAAGUUGGCCCGUGUACUUCCUUCGGAGUUGUUGAGCGAAGAGGAACUUGAAUAUUAUGCGGAGGAGUUCUCGAGGAACGGCUUCCGUGGUCCAUUCAACUGGUAUCGUACCCGGGAAAUCAACUACAGAGAGGAACUCGGCAUCCUCAACCAACACAUAACGGCCCCCGUACUCUUCAUUCAGGCACUCCGCGAUACAGCUCUUCCGGCACACCUUGGCAGGGGAAUGACCAGGACUAUACCUCACAUGACCUUUAAGCAGAUCAAUACCUCUCAUUGGGCAUUGUGGGAAAAACCAGAGGAGGUCAAUGAAAUAAUCGCAUGGUGGUUGGAAGAAAUUGUCUUCCGAGACCCCAGAAUGUUCAAGCUGUAA